AUGGCCUCUCAGAACUAUCACCAGGAUUGUGAAGCUGCUGUCAACAAGCAGAUUAAUGUGGAGCUCACUGCCUCCUAUCUCUAUCAGUCUUUGAUGUCUUACUUUGACCAGGACGAUGUUGCCCUCCCCCACUUAUCCCAGUUCUUCAAAGAUCAAUCCCAGGAGAAGCAGGAACAUGCCGGGAAGCUGUUGAAAUUCCAGAAUCAGUGUGGAGGCCAAGUCCUGCUCCAGGAUGUGAAGAAGCCAGAGAGGGAUGAGUGGGGUAACAGCCUGCAGGCAAUGCAGGUUGCCCUGGAUCUGGAGAAGAAUGUGAACCAGAGUUUGUUGGAUCUACACCAACUCGCCACAGCCCAGACUGACCCUCAUCUGUGUGACUUCCUGGAGACUCACUAUUUGGAUGAGGAGGUGAGGAUCAUCAAGCAACUCGGGGACUACAUCACCAACCUGAAGCGCCUGGGAGCCCCUGAGAAUGGGAUGGGAGAGUACCUGUUUGACAGGCUCUCCCUGGAGGACAGCAGCAAUCUCUAUCGCCUGAUGUUCUGGGUUAACACAUCAAAGGCGUCGGGUGGUUUAUUUUCAGAAUCAAUAUUCUCCCUUUUUAACAGCUACCCACUUCUGCUGGUUUCAAUUCCAGUCAAUCGUCAUGACAUCAGCUCCAAAAACCCUCUCACUCAGCAUCUUGCAGCUGCUACCUGGAUCCUGACACAAGAUCCAGUCUGA